AUGCCUCCCACGCCUCCGGAACAAACCGGAGGCGGAAUCCCGGUGGGGCGCGCGGCUUCUUCUUGGCCAGACUGCCCCUUCUUACUUGCGCGCAAGCAGCUUCGCCGUUGCGCGGACGCCGCUUUCCUCCUACUGAGUGAGACCCACCUCCUGGUGGGAUCCAGGCUCCGACGCCAAGAGGCGGAGGAUUGCAGCUGCUGCAGUGCCGGGGGUGUUGAAUCGCAGCUAAGUAAGAAGCAGCUAAGUAAGAGACGGGGAAGGUUGCCGGUGCGCCCCGGAGCGAUGGCGCAUGGCGGUGGGGAGUGGCAGCGCUUGGAGACGCUCCUGCGAAGCAGCCUGCGCGUCAUGUGUGAGCAGCAGCAGCAGCCGGGGAAGCUCCCGGAGGGCGACGAUCGCGCUGGGGAAGAGGAGGAGACGACGACGCCCAGCACCUUGGAGGCCCUGCCGGUAAGCGCGCCGCCGCCCCCAAGGUCGCCUGGCGCAUCCCAGCAAGGCGAACGGCCGCCGCUUCCAGCAGUGUUGCCAAAAGUUCCCCGUUGGAGCUUCCUGUUCGCUCGGCUUCCCAUUGGUCCCUUCACGGCCCCGCCCCUUUGACGCCAGACAGUUGCACUCUUUAUUUUAUUUUAUUUUAAUAUAUUGCUGUGCGCCACCCCCAUUCCAGGGGUUCCAGGCACUUACCCAGGGUCCGUGUUUCCUUUUGGCAAUGAGGCACAGUUGAAACUCUGGUGUCUUUAUGACAUAUAAUUUAUUAACUCAUAUAUACAACCUGAGCAUAUGAUGGAAGGGUUCACAGCAUUAACACCCCAAAAGGGUCUUGUUUCUCCCAUAGCUGCAGCCUUGGAUUCCAGCAGAAAUCAGGCAUACCGUAUUUUUCACUCUAUAAGACGCACCAGACCACAAGACGCACCUAGUUUUUGGAGGAGGAAAGCAAGGAAAAAAAUAUGCUGAAUCUCAGAAGCCAGAACAGCAAGAGGGAUCACUGCGCAGUGAAAGCAGCAAUCCCUCUUGCUGUUCUGGCUUCUGUGAUAGUUGUGCAGCCUGCAUUCGCUCCAUAAGACGCACACACAUUUCCACUUACUUUUUAGGAGGGAAAAAGUGAGUCUUAUAGAGCAAAAAGUACGGUACUUCUUUUCUGCCUUUUCAUUUGACAGCUGUUCCCUCUGGGUCACAUCACAGCAGAAGGUGCUCUAAGACUCAGACUUUUGUCCUUCUAACUAUCUGAGAGCUGAAGGAGGGGCACAGAGCCCUCUCUCCUUUCUCCUUUUUCCUUCUUAAUGGCCCAUCACCCAGGCGAUUUCCUGGUUUGAUGAGCUUUUAACCCUUGCUGGAUUCAGGGAUUAGAAGUCUGGCAUACAGUUUUAACACCGCAAGCCUUGAUUAAAUUCUAGCACUUGCUGGAUCCAGAGAUUGAAGAGGUCUAGCACCCACAAACUCAUAACACUAAGUUUAUUAAUUUUUAAAAAUAUCAACUGAAAAAAGUCAAGAAGAUGCACAAAUUGAUUGCAUGAAAACAAAUAUAUAUAUGUGACUCCUUCAGGCUGUUUGGGACAAGGCUCCAGGCCAUUUCUGGAGCAUUUCAUAGAAGCAUAGAAUGGUAAAUUUGGAAGGGACUCCCUGAGGUCAUUCUCAUAUAUAUAUAUAUAUAUAUAUAUAUGAAUGAUAGGGGCUGUUGUUAUGUUUUUAUGCUUCCUAAAUGAUUCAUUUAUAAAUAUUUAAACUUUCCCCCCCAGAUAGAUUUGAAGUUAUACAUUAUGUCCUUCCUCACACCCAAAGAUCUGAGUAAUUUGGGAAGCACCAAUCGCUACUGGAGUCUAACAAUCCAGGAUCCCUUACUAUGGCGUUAUUUUCUCAUCCGCGAUCUUCCUUCCUGUCGUUCUAUUGAUUGGGAGUCAGUCCCUGAUGCAAACAUAUUUAAUAAAUCCUUUUCUGAGCUUCAUAAUAGUGCCUCAUGUGACUACAUGGCUGCGUAAGUAUCCUCUAAAAUUCCAUAUAGGCAACGUACAUCUUUAUAGACAUAUAAAGUUUUGUGCUGUAUGUCUCCUAAUCUCCUUUUUAAACAAAAACAUAGCAGGAUUUAAAAUAGCAUAAAUUGAUGAACAGCUAUAAACAUUCAGUAAUACUAAAACCUGAUUCUACAAUUACUCUUUUUGUAAACAUUAUAUAACAUUUGGCAUCAAUAAUACACUUGGCACUAAUAUAUCAUUAAAUUUUAUGCCAUCCCAGAUUUACUUUGUGUGUUAGCAGAUUGCCUUCGACAGUUAGUGUAUGCUAUCAUAGAAUCAUAUUACAGUGGUACCUCGGGUUACAGAUGCUUCAGGUUACAGACUCUGCUAUCCCAGAAAUAGUACCUCGGGUUAAGAACUUUACUUCAGGAUGAGAACAGAAAUCGGGUGGCAGCAGCGCGGCGGGAGGCCCCAUUAGCUAAAGUGGUACUUCAGGUUAAGAACAGUUUCAGGUUAAGAACAGACCUCCAGAACAAAUUAAGUUCUUAACCCGAGGUACCACUGUACCUCCGUUGUUUACAAUACAGCUUUUGCUUAAGGGUUCUUUGUUGGUUCCCUCUUGACCAUAGAUGGCGAUGUUUUGAUGGAAUAAGGAUCCACACUCAGAGAACUGAGUUUGCUAUUAGCAUAUAUUCAGAGUGUUGUUUUUAGGCAGUGCUUUUUUUUCUAGGAAAAAUAGGUGCUGGUACUCACCAUGAAGUUGUUAACAGUAAGUGUCACAGUAAGUUUGAGUACUUUCAAAACUCACAAAUGUGCACCUCACUCUUCCUUGGAAAGCUCUGAGCAGCUUCCUUUGGGCUUAACAGUGCUGAGCAUUUUUUUUGUUAUUUGUGGGCCCUUUCAGCUCAUGCUGAAAAACUUGUCUUACUCCUUUUAAAGUAAUCAGUUUUCAUUAUUAUGGUGUGUGUGUUUUCUCUCUCUGUGUGUAUACACACACACACACACACACACACACACAUUCUAUAUACACACAGGUACAAAAAGUGUUGCUCCUGGCGUAAAAGAUGUCCAAAACCCAGCCAACCCACUUCCGGAUCUGUCACUUCCAUGUUACAGUCGCUGAUCACACAGACAGAGCCUCGCUUUGCAAUGUUUGGGCCUCUGUUGGAAGAGCUGAAUGACUCUUUGCUGUACAGAAUGGCGGUGUGUCCGGAGAUUUGGCCGCUGGCUGGUUUUCCUUCUGGACAAUUGAAUGGUAACAUGAUUUCUUUAUCUUAAGCAAGCAAACAGAAAGGGCAAUGGUGAACAUUUGAAGCCUCCUUAUUCUGAGUGGGAUAUUUUCUAACCCAGCUACAGAACGUAGUUUAACUGGAGGCAGAGUGGGGCCAGCCCUACCAUUAGACAGAAAGAGAAGAAACAACUUUUCAAAAAUAUAUAGUACUUAUCUAGUAGUACUAUAUUGUUUAUGAGGGACAAUGAGUCAGUGGCAGAACAGAGGCUCUGUGUAUUCCAAUAAUAAUAAUAAUAAUAAUAAUAAUAAUAAUAAUUGUUUAUUUCUACCCUGCCCAUCUGGCUAGGUUUCCCCAGCCACUCUGGGCGGCUUUCAACAGAACAUUAAAAACAGAAUAAAAUUUCAAACAUUAAAAACUUCCCUAAACUUCCCUUCAGAUGUCUUCUAAAAGUCAGAUAGUUGUUUAUUUCCUUGACAUCUGGUGGGAGGGCAUUCCACAGGGCGGGCGCCACUACCAAGAAGGCCCUGUAAUCUCACUUCUCACAGUAAGGGAACUGCCAGAAGGCCCCGGCACUGGACCUCAGUGUCUGGGCUGAACAAUGGGGGUGGAGACGUUCCUUCAGGUAUACUGGGCUGACGUCGUUUAGGGCUUUAAAGGUCAGCACCAACACUUUGAAUUGUGCUUGGAAAUGUACUGGGAGCCAAUGUAGGUCUUUCAGGACUGGUGUUAUAUGGUCUCGGUGGCCACUCCCAGUCUAGCAGCCACAUUCUGGAUUAGUUGCAGUUUCCGGGUCACCUUCAAAGGUGGCCCCACGUAGAGCGCGUUGCAGUAGUCCACGCGGGAGAUAACCAGAGCAUGCACCACUCUGGCAAGACAGUCCGCAGGCAGGUAGGGUCUCAGCCUGCAUACCAGAUGGAGCUGGUAGACAGCUGCCCUGGACACAGAAUUGACCUGCACCUCCAUGGACAGCUGUGAGUCCAAAAUGACUCCCAGGCUGUGCACCUGCUCCUUCAGGGGCACAGUUGCCCCAUUCAGGACCAGGGAGUCCCCCCCACCUGCCCGCCCCCUGUCCCCCCAAAACAGUAUUUCUUUCUUGUCAGGAUUCAACCUCAAUCUGUUAGCUGCCAUUUAUAAUCUUCUAGGAACUUAGAAGGAUGUGGGACACAGGUGGCGCUGUGGUCUAAACCACUGAGCCUAGGGCUUGCCGAUCGGAAGGUCAGUGGUUCGAAUCCCCGUGACGGGGUGAGCUCCUGUUGCUCGGUCCCAGCUCCUGCCAACCUAGCAGUUCGAAAGCAUGUCAAAGUGCAAGUAGAUAAAUAGGUACCGCUCCGGCCGGAAGGUAAACAGUGUUUCUGUGCACUGCUCUGGUUUCGCCAGAAGUGGCUUAGUCAUGCUGGCCACAUGACCCGGAAAAACGUUGGCUCCCUCGGCCAGUAAAGUGAGAUGAGCGCCGCAACUCCAGAGUCGUUCGCAACUGGACUUAACUGUCAGGGGUCCUUUACCUUUUUAAGAACUUGUCAGUUUUAAACAUUACCUUUUUAAGAACUUGUCAGUUUUAAACAGGCCUCAAAUUCUUCACAUUUCUUUUCUUCUUCCUGUGUCUCAAACAGGGAUAGAAUUAGGAGUCACAUAUCAUUUGAAUGGCCAGAAAUUCAAUAUUACACUGUGUACAGAAAGCAUGUAAGUGUUAUCUGAGGUGUUGUUUUUUGCUUGCUUGCUUCCCCACCCCUUCAAGUAACAGUAUUCCAACAGUGAUAAGAUUGUCCCAAAAUAAGAAAAUUCUAGAUCUCCAUCAUCAUGCCGAUGCAUAUGGGAAUUUUCUAAUAGUAAUAGGAUUGUCUGAAGAGGAGAGCAAGCCCGUUUCAAGAAGUGCUCAUUCUGUGCACGUUUCUUUCAAGGAAACGUUUGGCCACAGUCUGGGACAUGGCCUCAUUUGCUCAGUUCACUCAGGAAUUGGGGGACCUAGAUUACUAGGAGCCAGAGUAGACUUGUGAAUUGUUUCUUUGCUUUAACUGCCUGGCCUAGAUGUGUACAAAAGACCACACUGUUCUUUCUUAAGGCACUAGUCCUCAACACCUUCAGUUCUGCAUAGUUUCUCCCUUCCUUACUGCACAGUAUCUGGAAAAAAAACAAACUGGUUUCUCUCCUCCCUUUCCAGAGCAAAGGAAGAGAACACCAGUCCCGUCAACAAGGUGUUCUCUGCAGAGUCCAGUGUUGAUGGGAAAAUGCAUUGCAGUCUGAACAAACAUUUAAAAAACGUGUGCAGACUAAUGGAUGGGUUCAUCUAUCUUGCAUAUGCUGACACUCAUGAAAGUAAGGACCUUUGCGCCAUAUGGGUCAAAAAGGAAUAAUUAUGUGGCUACACAACCCAGUAGGGUCUAAGAAUGGGGGAUCUGUUGUAUUUUCUAUUGUUUGCUGUGUGCAUGUGCUUUAUACCAACAAAAACCGUUUAAAACUUAAGAUAAAUAAAUGUAAGGGCUUCCGAAUGAUGCCAACAUAGCUUUUAGCGUACAGCUGGCAGAGGGUGGCAGAGCCUUUAUCUCCCUCACUCUCUUUUUGCAGGACACAACCGUCAACUUGAAUUUGACUGGCUGGCAGCAAUGCUUGACCCAGUCCUUGGCCCUACAGAUAGGCCUCUUCUUGUCCUGUCCGGUGUUUCCUGUGCUGAGAUCAAAAGAAUUCCUUGUGUUUAUAUGGCACAUCAGCUGCAGCUGAACCUGCUUGGCACGCGGCCAUGGAUGGUAGCAUUUCACCCCCUUUCAUUUGUUUAAGUAUCUGGGAUCAUGAAACUGAUUGACAACAGGCUCUAGAAGCACCAUUCCACAUCAUGCAAUUGAGGCUGCCAUCCUAUUCUCAGUUAUAUGGGAGUAAUGCCUGUUAAACCAAUGGGACUGCCUUCUGAGUAUAUAUGCAUAGAAUUUCACUGUAGGUUACAGAACUGGCCUAUACCUUUGAUGCCUUAUUCUUUUUUUAAAGGUUGGUCAAAUUCAUUGAGAUUAUGUCUAUAGCAGCCCACAGGCCAGAUUUGGCCCACAAGGCCAUUUUCCCUACACCGGGCUCACCUGCCCACACCUGACUCCAUCAGGAACAGGUAGAGAUGCAGCUACCAGCACACAAUUGGGAGCCGUAAGGUGCACCACCAUUGCCAAGAGAAAGCAGGCUUCCAACACUUGCUGAAUCAGCAGUGUGAACCUGUUCACCCCACAGGAAAUUCGCUCAUAGAGGCAAUGCCUGCAGAAAACAGGCCUUCAUCUCUUUGCCAAUCAAGCCGAAGCCUCAAGCGCUUUUGUUUUGUGAAAGAUACUAACAUUUGCUUAUUCCUGCAUUUCACAGGUUCAGAACACCGAAACUUCCACCUUGGAUGGACUGGUAGAUGGAAUUCAGUGGCUACUGGAACAAACCAAAUGUAAAAAUGCCCAGUAA